GGAGGUACUGCGUGUAGCCAGAAGAUCCAGGCUGGACUGGGCCUCUUCUGGUCCCUCUUACGGCAGGUCACAGCUCUCUGGCAGAAGUUCAUAGCCACUGUGAACCCCGAGGAGGAAGCUGACAAAGUGCAGGCUGACUUCAUGAGGUCCGCAGUCAGGGAUGUGCGUUACGGGCCCGAGUCUCUCUUCGAGUUCACGCAGUGGCGGGUGCGGAUGAUCGCUGAGGAACUGGUGGCCUCAGGUGGGGCCCAGGCCCAUGAAGCUAAUGCAUCAGUGGAACAUCCCCAGGCAGCAGUUGGCUCCAAGCUCAGGGCCAGAAAGGUAACAAAAUGUCCAGAUAAUGACGAAAUCAGCCUUCCUCCCACCAAGCGAGUGCGGGCCUCCCCACCAGCCCAGACUGAGGACAGUCCUAUGGAUGCUGCUGGAGGCCAGGCCGCCCUACACCUGGAGCCCCUGCACUUCCUGCAGUGCCACAGCAGAAACAACAGCCCUAAGGACCUGGAGACCCAGCUGUGGGCCUGUGCCUUUGAGCCAGCCCGGGAGGAGGGACACUCGGGGGCCACGUCCCAGACCGUGGCCACAUGUGGCGGAGAAGCUGUUUGCGUGAUAGACUGCCAGACAGGCCUCGUGCUCCAUAAAUACAAGGUUCCGGGCGAGGAGUUCUUCUCAGUGGCCUGGACAGCCCUGACGGUGGCCACCCAGGCAGGCCACAAGAAGCGCUGGAAUGUGCUGGCAGCUGCAGGCCUUCGGGGCAUGGUGCGGCUGCUCCAUGUGCGCGCGGGCUUCUGCUGCAGCGUCAUCAGGGCCCAUAAGAAGGCCAUCGCCACCCUCUGCUUCAGCCCCACCCAUGAGACUCACCUCUUCACUGCCUCCUAUGACAAACGGAUCAUCCUCUGGGACAUUGGGGUGCCCAACCACGACUACAAGUUCCAGGCUAGCCAGCUCCUCACGCUCAGCUGCAGUUCCGUCCCUUUGCGCCUCUGUCCUGUUGCCACCUGCCCGGACAGCUUCCUGCUGGCUGGCUGCGAGGGAGGCUGCGGCUGCUGGGAUGUGCGGCUAGACCAGCCCCAGAAGCAAAGGGUGUGUGAGGUGAAUUUCGUCUUCUCUGGGGACUCCGAGGUGUCGGGACAAAGAGUGGAUGGGCUGGCAUUUGUGAACGAAGAUGUGGUGGCCUCCAAAGGGAGUGGACAGGGCACCAUCUACCUGUGGAGCUGGAGCCAGACCUGGGCAAGCCGGGGCAGCCAGUCCGUGUUGCCUGUGGUCAUCCUGGCCCAGCUGCAGUGGUCACCCACCAGCCUGGCCUACUUCUCACUGAGCACCUGUCCUGACAAAAACCUCGUGCUGUGUGGAGACGAGGAAGGCAGUGUGUGGAUCUACGAUGUUGAACACCUACUGAAGCAGCCACCUCCACUUGAAACAACUCUGCAGCCCCCAACACAGAUCCUGAAGUGGCCUCAGCCAGUAGCAUUGGGCCAACCAGUGACCAAGACCAUGGUAAACACAGUCGUGGCCAAUGCCGCCUUCACCUACCUCACUGCUCUGACGGACUCCAACAUCGUGUCCAUCUGGAAGACAUGCUAGCCCGCCCAAGGCAGUGUGUCAGGACAUGGCUUAUUAGCUUGGGCCUAGUGCUAGAGGGGUUUGUACCAGUGAGUAUUUUGUAUUAAAUUCUACUGUCGGAAGUGAGUGCAGUCA